UACGCUUGCCUUAGCCAUUGCUGGGGAGGCAGCCGGCCCUUAUCUUUGUUAAAGUCGAACUGCAUCGAAUUUACAACCGUAUACCCUGGUCAUCUAUGCCUCCUGCCUUCCAAACUGCAAUCUUCGUCUGUCGAUAUCUGGAGAUCCCGCACCUUUGGAUUGAUUCUCUAUGCAUAGAACAAGAUAAUAAGUUUGACUGGGAUGGAGAAAUGCCAAAGAUGGCAUACUACUACAACAACGCCUAUCUCACAAUUUCUCUGUCGUCCUCACCGAAUAGUACGCAUAGUAGCUUACCGAGACCACCAAAAGCUGGACGGGUGCUGCCACUCCUUCAACCAUACUCGUUUGUCUCCGUCCAGAAAGUGCCAUCUCACUUCGCAAUGUCAUCAACCCGAUUCUGCAUCAAGACUUCAGAUGCCCUUCCGCUCUUUAGCAGGGCAUGGGCAUUGCAAGAGCGCUUGUUGGCCCGCCGGGUUUUGCAUUUUGGGCCUGAAGAAUUGGUCUGGGAAUGCUGCUCGCUUCUGGAUUGCGAGUGCCACAAACCGCCAGAUGCG